AGGAAACAGUCUAUUUUACAGUUCUCUUUGCCUCUCUUCUCAUUUACACUUUCUUCCUUCAAUCUCUUAAAGGCCCCUUUUCUGAAAUCUUUUCUUUUUGGAGGUUAGGGUUUCGUUUUGAAUACCCAUUUCGGAGCUGUUUUUGCUGAGUAAGAGGAAGAAAAAAAGCUAAAAAGAGAAGCAUUGCUCUAUGGAUCCGGAAGCCGGGUCUGUGAUCCGGGAGUCUCGGCUGAAAUUUUACAAGUCUACUUUAUGCCUAGCUUAUCAGAGUUUUGGAAUUGUUUAUGGUGAUCUGAGCAGUUCACCAAUCUAUGUUUACAAAAGCACGUUUUCGGGGAGGUUAAGACUUCAUGAGGAAGAUGAUGAAAUCCUUGGGGUACUGUCUUUGGUUUUCUGGACUUUGACUCUAAUCCCUCUAUGCAAGUACAUUAUAUUUGUGUUAGGGGCAGAUGAUAACGGUGAAGGUGGAACCUUUGCUUUGUAUUCAUUGCUUUGUCGGCAUGCAAAGUUGGGUCUUUUGAGUCCUUCCAAUGCACCUGAUGAUGAUAUAUCUGCAUAUGACUAUGGGCCGCACAGGAAGGAGACUGUAGCUAGUUCUAUUCUAAAAGAGUUUUUUCAUAAGUAUCAUAGUUCUCGGAUUGUGCUGCUUCUACUUGUGCUCUUGGGGACUAGCAUGGUUAUUGGUGAUGGCAUCCUAACCCCAUCAAUGUCGGUUCUUGCUGCAGUUAAUGGUAUCAAAGUUAAGGCUCCUAGUCUUCAUGGGAAUUAUACUGUGUUUGUUGCUUGUGUAAUUUUGGUGGGGCUGUUUGCACUUCAGCAUUUUGGCACUAGUAGUGUUGGAUUUCUUUUUGCUCCUAUUUUGUUAGCAUGGCUCUUUUGCAUUAGUACUGUUGGAGUUUACAACACAAUAUACUGGAACCCACGUAUAGUACGUGCUCUGUCACCAUAUUAUGUAUAUAAUUUUUUCAAAAAGGCUGGAAAAGAUGGAUGGAGUUCUCUUGGAGGCGUUGUUCUUUGCAUUACAGGUGCCGAGGCCAUGUUUGCAGAUCUUGGUCAUUUUUCCAAACUUUCAAUCCGGCUUGCAUUUACUGUUGUAUACCCUUGCUUAAUUGUGGCAUAUAUGGGCGAGGCUGCUUAUCUCUCCAAGAACAAAGAGGACCUUCAGAGAAGCUUCUAUAAAGCAAUCCCUGAGGUUGUAUUCUGGCCAGUUUUUAUCAUUGCAACACUUGCAACAAUGGUUGGUAGUCAAGCAAUUAUUUCCGCAACUUUCUCAAUAAUCAGCCAGUGUAGGGCUUUGAAGUGCUUCCCGCGUGUCAAGGUGGUACACACAUCAAACCACAUACACGGGCAGAUCUACAUACCCGAGGCGAAUUGGAUCCUGAUGUUUUUAUGCCUUGCUGUUGUGGUUGGGUAUAGGGACACUGACAUGAUAGGCAAUGCAUAUGGUCUUGCGGUUAUCACUGUAAUGUUGGUUACCACCUGCUUGAUGUUUCUGGUUAUUGUCAUGGUGUGGAAGAGGAAUAUUUUUAGAGCUUUAGCAUUUGCCAUCUUUUUCGGAUCUGUGGAAUUGCUUUACUUCUCCGCAUGCCUGGGAAAAGUUCAUAAGGGGGGUUGGCUUCCUCUGAUUUUUUCGCUAAUAGUACUGUCUACGAUGUGCAUAUGGCACUAUGGUACUAUGAAGAAACAGGCAUAUGAAUCGAACAACAAGAUCAACUUGGACAUGCUUCUAAGCAUGGGCCCAAACCUCGGGAUAAAUCGUGUUCCUGGAUUAGGCUUAAUCUACUCAAACGUGGCCACAGGCGCCCCUCCAAUGUUUUCCCAUUUUGUCACCAACUUUCCUGCCUUUCAUCGUAUCCUUAUAUUCGUUACGGUGCAAUCUCUUACAGUUCCAAAAGUUCCUGCCAAUCAGCGCUUUGUUAUCAGUCGCAUUUGCCCACCCGAGUACCGUCUCUUUCAAUGCGUUGUUAGAUACGGUUACAAGGAUCAAAGGAAGGAUAGCCAUGAUUUUGAGAAUCUUCUCAUCGAAACCAUAUCGGAGUUUCUACAGCGUGGCAACAAUGAUAGUGAAGCAUGCUGGUGGGAACCUGUAAAUCAGCAGGAAUCAAGCACACCCGAGGAUGUUACUGCUUCAACUCAUGAGAGUGGAGUUAAUACCGGAUCGAGCAAGAAAACAGUGAGAUUUCGCGGUGUGGGAUGUAACAAGGAAUUGGAAGAUCUAAAAGAGGCAAGGGAAUCCGGUCUGGCAUAUAUGAUGGGUAGCACCUGUGUUUUGGCAUGUGAUACAUCUUCAUAUUUGAAGAAGCUUGCCAUAAACUUCGUUUACAGGUUCUUGAGACAGAACUGUAGGCACCCGGCCACGGCCCUCGGGAUUCCACACACCUCUCUGAUCGAAGUCGGAAUGGUUUAUCGUGUAUAGAUCUCGACACAAUCUUAAACAAGGAAGAGUCUACUUGUGCAAGGAAGAGUCUGCAAGCUGCAAAUAAUCAAACGAACUGCCUGAGUUUUAACACUGCUUUGUAAUUAAGGCAUGUAAAUUUACAUACAAUUUUACUCUGGUUUGGAGAGUUUUUUUUUUUACAGAUCUAAGCUCUUAGGAAUGAAUACGCAAACAUGUAAUUCUCUCUCAUUAGAGUUA